AGGCUUUCUAAUGCAUUUUUCUUUUCUAUACUUGCAUCUCUUUUUGGUAGGUACUUAAUAGUCGACUGCAAAUGAAGGGGGAAAAAAAUUUAGUCGACUGCAAAUGUUCUAGAUCUUUCUUUUUUUUUGUGCCUUCAUCUUCCCGUCAUUUCUACAUAACAUCUUCAAUCUGUUGUUCCCCCAUCUUCGUCCCUUUUCUUCCCUCUACAUAAACCCACCAAAAACCCUAUCAUAUAUGUUAAAAUUGAAAGGUACCCAUUAAAAUUUCUCCUUCGCUGUAUAGCUGGGACAAAUUCACAACUUCAGGAAAAAGGCACAAGAAAUAAAGUAACGAACAAUGUUUGGAGUAGUGUUCCCGAACCGAAGCUUCCCUAUGGAUAUCUCCACCUUUGCUCAAAUUGACACAACCCAUUGGGUCCUUGACAUGAACACCUUUGUUGGGGAAGAAUACGAUUCAAUUCGUGAAGUCUGCAUAUUCCUCAUCAACAACUUCACGCUGCCACCAGACAAGGCCCUUGCUGUGUAUAUCCAAUCCCCUGGCUCACCUUUCCUCUUUUGUGGUGCAGUCACGCUGACGCGACCCUCUGCCGUGCUGUUGCUCCCUUGGCCAGAGUCCGGUGGCCAACUGCAGCUCACUGCCGAUGCAACUCCAGUCUCUGCCAAGAUAGGUGUCUCAGUUGAGGACCUUGCAACACUUCCCUCCCUUGAUGUCACUGCAGGGAAGAAAAUCGAGAGGUUGGCAUUGAAAGUUGGUGAAAACUUGUUCAAUUUUAUGCAGUCGUUUUGUGGGGUGGAUGGCAGUAAGCUGGUGGUGCCUAUGGAUAUAUUGGAUCGUUGGUUCAAGAAAUUCCAGGAACGAGCAAAGCGAGAUCCAGAAUAUUUGAAGGGCUUCGCCUUGUAGUUUGGCUGAGAAGUAUAUUUCAUGUGUGUAGGUUCCACAUGAGAAUUUACUGAGUUGAUUGUUGUAGGAUUGUGAUAUGUUAUUUUCAGUAUUUGGUUAACUUUGGGCGGCAACCACUGUCUAAUGUUGGUUUUUGGACAAGUGAGUCUCAAUCUUUUAGCAUUUGAGUUACAUUUGAAGGGUGUAAAGCAGUUUCUUCUCUUUGUUGUACGGAUUAUGUUCAGCACGUUUUUCCCGUAAAUUGAGUUCAAAA